GCCCAAAGCUAUUCGACCUUCUUAGAACUGAGCAGGGGGCAUAUCGACAUCUUGCAUACACUUUCCUAUCGAAAACCACACCAUCACCAUGCGUGCGCUUGCUAUUGUCACGUCUGCUUUGCUGGCCAGCUACGUCUCUGCACAGCAGGGAGCAGUCUGCUUCGACGACUUGGAUUGUUUGCUCUCAGGAGGACAAAAUGCCAAAUGUGUGAGGGCACAGGCUGGCGGUAUCACAGGAAACUGCGCUGGAGGCAAGGCCGCUGGAGCCGCCGGCGCCGCAGCGGGAGCAGGGGCGGGAGCUGCCCAGCCGGCUGGACAGCAAAACGCUGCCGCCGACCCCACCGGCUCUUUAUUGGGAGGACUCACGGGCAAAAAGGCUGCAGGAAAAGCUACUGGCGGGGCUGCAGCACCAGCAAAGGCGAAAACUGCUGGGAAGGCAAAGGCUCCCGCAGUAGGGGCUCGUCAGGCUGCUGCUGCACCCGCUGCCUCCGCUGCUCCCGCUGCCGACCCCAUUGGAGCCGUGCUCGGAACGGCAGCCGGCCUGCUGAAAGGGAAGGGUGGUCAACCGGCUGGUGCCGCUGCUCCAGCCGGAUCUCAAGCUGCUGACCCGAUUGGGCAAGUCUUGGGGACUGCUGCCGGAGUCCUCAAGGGCAAAGGAGCUCCAGCUGCCGGAGCUGCCGCUCCCGCAGGACAGCAGGCAAACCCCCUUAACGCCGUACUCGGAGCUGCAGCAGGAGUGUUGAAAGGAAAAGGAGGCGCGCAGCCAGCUGCCGCAGCUCCCGCAGCCGGCGCCGCAGCUCCUCCACCAGCUGCAGCCCCAGCAGCACCCGCUCCAUCCAAGCCAGCAGCCGCGGCCCCUGCUCCUCCAGCUGCCUCUAAACCUGCUGGUUCAACCCCGGCCGUUCCGCCAGCUGCCGCUCCUCCUGCCGGAGGGAAGCCAAAUGCUCCGGCUGGAGGAAAACCGAAUGCUGCACCGGCCCCACCCGCUGUAGCACCGGCAGCUCCGGCAGCCGGAAAGCCCGCCCCUCCGCCUGCCGCGGCUCCUGCGGCACCAGCUGCUAGCAAACCUCUUCCCCCUCCUGCAGCAGCUCCUGCCAAGGCUCCGGCUGUGGGCAAACCGGCUCCGCCUCCUGCUGCUGCUCCCCCUGCAGCUCCCGCCGGCGGAAAGCCGAUUCCAGCUGCCCCAGCCGCGCCUGCUGCGCCUACUGCGCCUGCGGGCAAACUGGUUCGCCGCAUUCAUUUUUAGAUUAGCGGAAAAUCGCAUUCUAGUUUUCGGAGCGCGGCUUUCUUUCUUUUGCCCUGUUGUUUGGCUUAUACACACUGGUGUGAGAAAGUGAACAGGCUUGGAUUCGAUAGGAAGAUGAUUAUAGGCAAAGUACCUAUUAGGCUACAAUCCAUGGCCUAAAACGGGCAUUGUACUUUCAAAGACAAUGAGUCUAUGCGAC